AUGCACCACCAAAAUAGUAGGGCUUCGUGGCAGCCCUACUUUAGCUGCUGUAAGAGCCUUUGUGUGUAUUUACCCUUCUCUGCAGAACUCCAGAAGCUGUUGGUGGUUAAAGAGGAGUUUCCCUCUGAGCAGCAGGAGAGGAGCUCGACUCUGGACCAGGAGGACCCAGAGCCCCAAACACAAACUGAACAGAUGGAAACAGAAGCUGAUGGAGAGGACUGUGGAGGACCAGAACCAGACAGGAACUCUGAUCCAGAUCCACAUUUACAACCUGAUACUGCAGACUCUUCUGAACCUGAGACUGAUGACAGUGGUGAUUGGAAGGAGACCAGAGAACCUCAGUCAGGUUUGAACUGUUUGAAAAAAGAUGGCGGUCCUGUCAGAGAUUCCAGAUUUAGUGCUGGUGAGAAAAGAUUUAGCUGCUCUGAGUGUGGGAAAAGAUUUGGCUACAAGAGCAAGAUGAAGACACACAUGGCUUCUCAUACAGGAGAGAAACCUUUCAGCUGUUCAGUUUGUAAGAAAUCUUUUACACAGAGGGGGAAUUUAAAGUCACACAUGAGAUUCCACACAGGAGAGAAACUUUUCAGCUGCUCAGUGUGUGAGAAAAGAUUUGGCUCCAAGAGCAAAAUGAAGAGACACAUGGGUUCUCAUACAGGAGAGAAACCUUUCAGCUGCUCUGAGUGUGGGAAAAGAUUUAGCACUGAGUACCAUCUGAAGAGACACAUGGUUUCUCACACUGGAGAGAAACCUUUCAGCUGCUCUGAGUGUGGGAGAAGAUUUAGCUUCGAGCACACUCUGAAGACACACAUGGUUUCUCAUACAGGAGAAAAACCUUUCAGCUGCUCAGUUUGUAAGAAAUCUUUUCCACACAGGGGAACUUUAAAGACACACAUGAGAGUCCACACAGGAGAGAAACCCUUCAGCUGCUCAAUUUGUCAAAAAUCUUUCACUAGUCGGUCUUAUUUGAAUGUACACAUCAAAGUCCACACAGGGGAGAAACCUUUCAGCUGCUCAGUGUGUGGUAAAGGUUUCAUUAAUAAUGGGAAUCUGAAGAAACACAUCAGCGUUCACACGGGAGAGAAACCUUUCAGCUGCUCAGUGUGCGGUAAAAGUUGCAGUCGUAGUGGGGAUCUGAAGACACACAUGAGAGUUCACACAGGAGAGAAACCUUUUAGUUGCCAUAUUUGUUGUAAAGGAUUUGCCCGGAGUUCACAUAUCAAAAAACAUAAAUGUACUGGCCGCUUGUCCUCAAAGUUUCAUCAAACUGAGGAGAACAAAGAGGCAGAGCCUCCAGCCAGCAGCCCACAUGAAGAGAUUGACGACAGUGGUGAUUGGAAGGAGACCAGAGAACCUCAGUCGGGUUUAAACUCUCAGUGAUUCUAGAUGUAGGGCUAGUGAGAAUCUGUUUGACGAUACCUCGUCAGAGUUCUUAAUGUAAAGUGAGCAAGAAAACAACAAAGUUAAUACAUUUCUUUAUCAGUUUCAUCUUGUUUGAUUAAUUCUGAUGUUUGUUUCAUAAAGUCUGAGCGUUCUCAACUCAGAGAACAGACGUUACCUUGUGUCUCUUUCUCUGUUGUUCCAUUUUCUGAAUGUAAAAUGUUAAUCUCAUUAUGCAGUUGGUUCUAAUAAAACUCUUCUGCUCUGA